ACACACACCAAACCAAUUGUGUGUGUGUUUCUGUGAAAGAAGAAAAAAAUGGAGUUGAAGGGAGAAAACCAAAAGCAUAAUUCUGAUCAAGAAGAUGAGAUCACUACCGUUGAUUGGAGAGGCCGUCCUUCCAACCCUCUCAAGCAUGGCGGAAUGAGAGCUUCUGCUUUUGUUCUAGGGCUGCAAGGAUUUGAGAUAAUGGGGAUAGCAGCGGUGGGGAACAAUCUGAUAACAUACGUAAUAAACGAGAUGCAUUUUUCUUUACCGAAAUCCGCAAACACCGUCACCAACUUCAUCGGAACCGUUUUCAUCCUCGCACUCCUCGGCGGCCACCUCUCCGACUCGUAUCUCGGCUGCUUCUGGACCAUGCUCAUAUUCGGCUUCAUCGAACUCUCCGGUUUCAUCCUGCUAUCGGUGCAAGCGCAUCUUCCACAACUGAAACCGCCGCCGUGCGGCGAGAACGAGUUGUGCGUGGAGGCGAAGGGUUUAAAGGCGCUGAUAUUCUUCGUGGCGCUCUAUUUGGUGGCGUUGGGGAGCGGGUGCGUGAAACCGAACAUGAUAGCGCACGGCGCGGAUCAGUUCAGACAGGACGAUCCGAAAGAGUCGAAGAAGCUGUCGAAAUACUUCAACGCCGCGUAUUUUGCGUUUUCGAUGGGCGAACUUAUUGCGCUGACGGUUCUUGUUUACGUGCAAACGCACUCCGGUAUGGACGUUGGUUUCGGCGUGUCGGCUGCCGCCAUGGCCGUAGGGUUGAUAAGCUUGAUCUGUGGUACGGUUCUAUACCGGAAUAAGCCUCCUCGAGGAAGUAUUUUGACCCCUAUUGCACAAGUGUUUGUGGCAGCAACUUUAAAUAGAAAGCAAAUUUGUCCUUCUGAUCCCUCCAAAGAGCAGCUGCAUGCUAAUACAGACAACCCCAUUUCUGACAAUUUUGUCAAUCCUCAACUCUCUCAAAGAUUCAGAUUCUUGAACAAGGCUUGCAUCAAGAUUGAUCCAAUUCAAGAAAAUGGAAGAAACAAAAGGCAAAGCCCAUGGAGAUUGUGCACACCAAACCAAGUGGAACAAGUCAAAACCCUAAUCUCAAUAAUCCCAAUAUUUGCAUGCACAAUAAUAUUCAACACAAUAUUAGCACAACUCCAAACAUUCUCAGUCCAACAAGGCAGCUCAAUGAACACACACUUAACCAAAAACUUCCACAUACCACCAGCCUCCCUCCAAUCAAUCCCUUACAUCAUGCUCGUAUUCAUCGUACCGCUCUACGACACUUUCUUCGUACCUUUCGCCCGUAAGUUCACCGGCCAUACCUCCGGGAUCGCCCCUCUCCACCGCAUAGGCGUCGGCCUUUGCCUCGCGACUCUCUCCAUGGUCUCCGCGGCCCUCAUGGAGAAAAAGAGACGGGACGCGUAUUUGCACUCGGGCGAGAUAGUUUCGAUAUUUUGGAUCACGCCUCAAUUCUUGAUAUUCGGGGUAUCGGAGAUGUUCACUGCGGUCGGAUUGAUCGAGUUUUUCUACAAGCAAGAUUUGAAGGGCAUGCAGUCGUUUCUGACGGCGAUUACUUAUUGCUCGUACUCGUUCGGAUUCUUUUUUAGCUCGGUUCUCGUUUCGCUUGUGAAUAAGGUUACGUCGUCGUCGUCCGGUGGUCGAGGGUGGUUGGGGGAUAAUGAUUUGAGUAAAGAUAGGUUGGAUUUGUUUUAUUGGCUCUUGGCGGUUUUGAGCUUCGUCAACUUCUUCAAUUAUUUGUUUUGGGCGAGGUGGUGUUCGAGAAAUAAUAAUCGAUCCCCGGCGGCGGCGGCACCACCACCGGGAAAAGUCGACGGUGGUGACAUUGUAUGAUUAAUGUUUUCUUUUGUUUUGAGAAAAAAAAAGGAGGGAAAUGAUGUAGGGAUAAUUAAUUAAAUAUGGUGUUUUAUAUGAAUGUACAUAAAAUUAAAUGGAUGUGAUUAAUUAAUUUGCUAUUAUAAUCUACUUAUUUAAUUCCCUUUU